AUGCCUCACCCUCGACCGGCACUGUUGAUUUAUGCGUGUUCCAUUGGCAAUCAGAUGAAAUCGGCUAACUUGUACUACUGUUUUGCAAAAGUUGUAUUUGCUAAACUACACUGGACGAUAUUUUUGCUCAAUAUUUAUUAUACCAGAUGUUUCGUCAACACCAAUAACAACAACAACAACAACAGUAACAGUGACGGGCAGCAGUGCAACGGUGGCCACAGCAGAACUGUCAUUAAGAAGUUUGUUUUGUUGGCCAACGAGCGCGAGACAGCACUAGCGGAAUCUGAUGAGCAGCCUGGAGGGGUGCUGUAUCGAGGGAGUAGCAGCAUGUCCACCAGCGUAUCAUCCGUGUCGUCCCGGCGCAAACAGGCCAAGCCGCAACGCCUUUCGCACGAAAUCGAGCCUCACUCCAGCUCCUCACUCAUCACCAACGGCAAGUUUUCACUUACAGCUACUCCCUGCACCAAUUCUUCUUGA